UGCUUGCUUCUGCAAUCUGAGAACAGGGAUGCCUGGUUCUAGCUGCGUGGUGAAACUUGAAUGAGGCGUGAGCAUGACAACCCUACGCCUUGUGCGGAUCAAGAGCUUGCAAGUAUCGGCACUGCCUUGCUCCCAGAGUGCUGUUUCCAGCAAUCCUAGGAGUAGGACUCGGACGUUCAGCCCGAGCGCUUGGCCACAAGGUAUUCAGGCUUCCCUGAAACUGUUUGAACCUUUUUCGCUGGCCAAUAUGGCAGAGUACCGGGAUCGACAAGCGAAGACGUCGUAUAAUGGACAUGGAAGUCGGCAUCGGUCUGCAGUCAACUUGCACCAGGUAGGCGCCGUUCUUAAAGGUCUUGAUAACGGCAUUUCGCUCAACCCUAGUACCUACCUAAGGUAUGUCUAUCAGUUACAGCUGGACGGGUUCUCAUAGUAUGGGCUGGCAAUUUGAAGGGUCCAAAUAGCUCAGGUACAGGUAAGUAUUAGCGAACGCGAGGCUGAUGCCCUGCGCUUCAAUCGCCACACUUUAAGUUGAUCUGCCGCCGCUGUUAGAAUAUCCGGGUUGGUUCAGCUGCAAGACAAGACCCUGAAAGCCCUGUCCCCCACACGUGGAAUUUCGGCGAGCAAGGAGAUCCGGAAUGCAUCAGGGGCAAGAAAGCAUGUCCCUCGAUAUUCAGGGACAAUCAUG